AUGCAUUUGAAUAUCCAAGGGACGAAGCAUCCCAUCCGGCCGGGAAUUACCUUAAUCGGUUCUGUACAAAACAAACGCUACAACACGAUACUGCUGCAGGAAAGGAGUAUCUGUCCCAUGCAUGCUGGUCUUCGCCUUGAUGCUGCUACAGAAAAAUUGCAAAUUUCGGAUCUUUGCUCGUUCCACGGGGUAACUGUUGACCAGAAACCAAUUGCUCCAAUAACCUGGAUAGACAUCACUACACUGAGUGUACUACAUGUGGGCGACGUGCUUGCUUCCGUUGAAGUAGAUCAUAAGAGCAAGGCUGAUGACGUUGCACUCUUGCAAGAUGAAGACUCAACGUUCGAUGUUAUCGAUUGCAGUCUUGAAGAAACACAGCCUCUUCAAGCGACUAGAAAAAAUGCACAUACCGCGGUUAGUGUGUUGGGAACUUUCGGAAGAAGAUCUUCGUUACUUGAAACAACCGCUACUGUACACGACCCUCCUUGCCCUUCUUCAGAAGGGCGCAGAAGUAGUUUCUUGGUUCCGGAAACUCAACAAAUCGAUGGCAGUAUGACGUGUGCAAAACCAGCUGAAAUACCCAUUCUUAAUGUGGAUCACCGACAAGGAUCACCAGACAAGGAUGCCGAAGAUGACGAAUUAUGUUUUAUUCCGGAAACACAGCAACCGGAAGAUGAACUGGACUGUCCGUCCGUGAUCGAACCUAUCCUUCCCGAUGUGCAACAAAAGGAACAGGUUGCGACGGAAGAAGAAUAUUUUCAAAUAACAAUGGAGAACGAUGACAACAGUAAUGAUGCUAUGUUCAACAACAAGUUUAUCGAGCAAUCACAAAACUUGCUGCAAAAUCCAGAUAUAUCUCAUAGCGGUGCUGUUGUACCUAAAGUUUCCAUUCUGCUGGAGGGCUCGGUUGAUUCGGUUUCGUUCCAAGAACACCGUAAUACAACGAUGGAAAUGAGUCGAAUUGAAUGGAAUGACAGUAAAAAAGAUCAUGAGCAAUCCAUGAUAGAUCAACGAUUGCAGCAACCAAAAGAACGAGGAGAAUCUCUGGCAAAGGGGAGUAAAAUUUCCGAGCUAAUUUAUGAUAGAUCUAUCACGCCGGAACUGAAUUUUGAGGAUGAUCCUCCAGUUGAAAAAGAAAUUCAUUUAAAAACUGGUCCAGAUGUAGGCAAUCGUUCGAUUGGAAACGAUCAGCCUUCGGAGCAAGCAAAUCAUUCGUCAAAGACACCCGAUUUGUGCUUCGACGUAGAGGAAAAUGAAGACGAUAUGCUUGAAAUUUCACUGAAUCAAGAAGGUUGCAAUAAACUGAAGUCACACCAGUCUUCCUUCGAAAAAACGAGACACGAGUCGCAUAUGGCAAAUGUGUAUGAUAUGGAAACACAGGCUUUUGGUGUUGAUGAUCCAUACGAGCUGUUGACACAGCCUCUUCACAAAUUGGAAGUAAAAACCAAAUCUUCGGCACCGAAACAGCAAUUAGAAGACCCAUACGAAUUACUGACACAGCCACUGUUGAUACAUAAGCCCGGUGCUAGCAAACAUUCGGAGAAAUCGUCGUUUGUCAAACCAAUGAACUCAAUAACAUCACGCAAAUCUGAACACUCCCAUGAGAUCGAUUAUGCAAAUAUGCCAACGCAACUAUUUACACCUCCAGAAUUAUUAUAUCAGCCAACGAGAUCAUAUGACGAUGGUUCGAUUGUUACCGAAAAGGGCGAAAUAAACGCAUUGGUGUCACGGAAUGAAUCGCUUCGUGCUGACUCCAAACGAACAUCAUCUUUCGAUAAGCAAACGUGUGCUGUAGCGCAAAGCAAACGCAAUGGUACUCCAGAAAUUGAUUAUGCAAAUUUGCCAACGCAACAAUUUACCCCUCCAGAAUUACUAUACCAACCUGAGAUUGUACCUGAAGAAGACAAUAAGGAUCCCCUGCCAACUUCUGAAAUAAUGAUAGAUGAUGAUGAUUUGCUAACACAACCGUUAAGUCCUCCAAAAGAUCAUAUGGAUACUCCCGUUUUGUAUCGGAAUGAUAAGAACAUAGCUAGCAUUUCAGUAGGAUGUACAGCGUAUGAUUUGGACACGCAACCAUUAAAUUCACACAUGGCAACGAACAACGGAAGAUCCGUAAAGAAAAAUCCAGUUCUCAAACUAGUGGAUAUUAAAACAUGCCAUUUGUCAGCUCCGAUUGAUUCUAAUUUGAUAGAGAUAGUGAGUGAUGUAGAUGAUAAUAUGUACGACCUUGGCAAGCUUAAACUUUUCGAAAAUGGUACAUUGCCCGAGAAUGAAAUUACACAAUUUAGUCCAAAAAUAAAUAGUACUACGCACUUGUCAAUUGGGCAACAACCAGAAGGACAGCAACAUAUGGAACCGUGCAUGCAAAUAUCAUCAUCAACAUCUAAUAAGGAAAAUAGCACGAAAGCAGUAGAUGAAAAAAUCGAUGACUCGUUCGAUACGGAAGAUGAAUUGUGCUUGGCAUCAACUAUUCCGAUAGAUGCUCUUUACCCACCAAAAAUGAACACAGAAUGUGUAGAGAAGGCCGAUGAAGAAGUACAGACAAGCAUGUUUAAAAUACCGCUCAAAACAACAGACUCACUUGCCACUCCCAAAGCCAUACGAAAUAGGAAACUUAAUAAUGCGGAGAUGACAGAAUUUCUCACGCCGGAACACCCGAUGUUAUUCUUACCGAAAGCCGAUUGCAUCCGCUCAGUAUCGGAACAAAUGCGCGAUCAAAACACCACUCGUGCACUCGCCGGCAAGGGGAAACCAAAGUAUCAUUUUAACGAUAGCAGUAGUAGCAGCGGUGAUGAUGAUGAUGAUGACGCUAUCAAUCGGCAGUUGUUUAAGAAAACGAAUGUAAGUGUUGUGUUGGAGAAAGAGUUAGAAAAUGUGCGCAAAGUUGUAAAGUUGAAACAACAAGCACUGACGGAUCGUGGAAAAGUUCAACCCAACAAGGAUGACCAAGAGAAAAUGUUAGCUGAACAGGUGAAGGAGCGAUAUGAGGGCAGGAGCAAAAGAACGGUCUCCACAAAAGUAGAACAAAAAGAAGCGGAAGGAGUUGGAAAAACCCAGGCAGAUUCUCGAAAAACAUCUACCAGGCGUAGAGAAACAAAGGAUACCAAGAAAACAUUGGAACCGAAGUCGAAAAAAUCGAGCCGAGCAGUGAGGGAUAAGAAAAUCGAACACAGUAAAAGUACGGAAGCUAAGCAGGAAUCUAAAUCAUCGGAAGCACAAUCCUCAACCGAUCGAAGCCAGCUUUCUGAUCAUAUCCCUAAACGUGUAUCGACGCGCAAUCGCGUAGAAACGUACAAGAAGCGAAUGCUCGAUGAAUCGGUAGACUAUUUAUCAGAAUCGACAAAUAAACGGUCUACAGUGCAAAUGUCAACUCGUGCUGGUCGAAAACGAAAGGAGGAAUCAUCAACGGAUCGAGAGGAAAGUUGUAAUUCGGCAGAUGUCGAAAUGAAACGAUAUAAAUCAGGCUCAAGAGCCGCUGCUCUUGCCUCGGAAGUGGAAGUAAAGGAGCGAGCACGAAGAGCAACCAGCCGCACCAAGAAGGUAGUGGGAACUUCUUCUGAUUUGUUUGAGGAACAGGGCAAAACGUCAAAUUUGAAAAGUGCAGUCCUAGGGAAUGAUAGUGCAACUAGCAGUACAGGAAGUGAUACCUCAUCGGUAUCGACAACACGGUCUAAUCAACCCAGACUAAUUUUCACAAAAAUGAGCCCUGAGCCCUACCGAAAGUGUAUAGCUCGUGCUGGUGGCAAGAUAGUGGACAUACCAGAACUAGCAACCAUUCUAGUGACGGAUCGCAUUAUUCGAACGUACAAAUUCCUGUGUAGUGUAGCGAAGGGAAUACCGAUCGUUGGUCAGUCAUAUCUGGAUGCGUUACAGAAUAGCGAUGAAAAGGAAAAGAUUGAUGCAUGGGAUCAUAUCUUAUCCGAUCCCGCCAAAGAGAAGCGCUACGAAUUUCGUCUACGAGAUACGCUAUUGAAGGCAAAGCAGCGUAAAUUAUUUCAGGAUUAUACUGUUUUUGUUACCUCGAGCACACAACCGCCACCAUCGGAGCUGUACUUAAUACUUUCGUGCGCCGGAGCGAAAAUAUCAAAGCAUUGCAGUCAACCGCCGAAAGAUACAAACAAAAUGUUUGUCAUCUCCGAUCCAGCGGAUAGUGCGUCAUGGGUGAAAUACAGAGAAAAGUUCCCGAGCAUAGAAAUAGUGUCGGCAGAAGGGUUUAUGCUUUCGAUUAUGCAGCAUUCAAUCAAGUUCCAGAAAUAUCGUUUGAUGUAA